AAUACCAAAUCGAUCCAACCCGCUACAAUAAUUAAAAGGCAACGUUGAUAGUUGACCCCACUCCCAUCCCACCCCCAGCUCCUCUCCCAUCUGAUUCGUGUCUGAAAUCCUCGCGAUCUUUCUCUCCCUUUCCGACGAAUUCGACUUGUAAGUUCUCCUCCUUCUCUAAACUUCCCACAAUUACCUUGAUCCCCAGCUAAAGUAGCUUGGCAAAAUGUCCGGGCAAAGCCAGCGUUUGAAUGUCGUUCCUACAGUUACAAUGCUUGGUGUGAUCAAAGCUCGCCUUGUUGGUGCUACAAGAGGCCAUGCUCUGCUCAAGAAGAAGAGUGAUGCUUUAACUGUGCAGUUCCGUCAGAUUCUAAAGGACAUCGUGUCAACGAAGGAAUCAAUGGGAGAUGUCAUGAAAACUUCCUCCUUCGCUCUGACAGAGGCAAAAUAUGCUGCUGGCGAGAACAUUAAGCAUGUUGUCCUUGAAAAUGUCCAGAAUGCAACCAUUAAAGUUCGAUCCCGCCAAGACAAUAUUGCCGGUGUAAAGCUCCCUAAAUUCGAGCAUUUCUCUGAAGGAGAGACAAAGAAUGACCUGACUGGAUUAGCUAGAGGGGGGCAACAGGUGCAAGCUUGCCGUGCUGCUUACGUGAAAUCUAUUGAGUUGCUUGUUGAGCUUGCCUCUCUACAGACAUCAUUCUUGACUCUUGAUGAGGCGAUCAAGACCACAAAUCGGAGGGUUAAUGCAUUGGAGAAUGUCGUGAAGCCACGGUUGGAGAACACAGUGCUUUACAUCAAAGGGGAACUUGAUGAACUGGAAAGGGAAGAUUUCUUUCGUCUCAAGAAGAUACAAGGUUACAAGAAGAGGGAGGUAGAGAGACAGAUGCUGGCUUCCAAGCAAUAUGCAGAGGAGAAGGCUGCAGAAGAAAUUUCCUUGAAGAGAGGUAUUUCGCUAGGUACAGCCCAUAACUUGCUAUCCCAUGCUUCACAGAAAGACGAGGACAUUAUUUUCUGAUAAGGAGGUCAAAUGAUUUAUUUAAAUUGCAUUGUGUGGCUUGUCUUUACUUGUCCUUCAUUACAAAUGGAUAAUUGAUUAGAUGGAGAGUCUUUUCGCAUUUAAUAAGAGCUCUAUGCAUGUUUGUAUUUAAAAGUUAAUUUAUGGACAAUAUGGGUGGUUACCUCGUUAAAUGGAGCUAUUCAUUCAGCUCUAUCACGAGUUCUUUUACAAUAUUUGAUUCAUUGACAAUCUUGUUUC